CUGAGUCAUGCAUACCAAAACCAGUGGUUUCACAGCCUUUCCCUGCGAAGAACCAAGGCAUGUUUCCUGCCUGUAGAGCACAGGAGAACAUGCUUCUACUGAGAGAACAAGGUUUCCUUUUCCUGCUAACACAUGGAACUGAGGCAGAAUCGUGCUCUGUAACAUUUGAUAACAUUUGAGAACAUCAUACAUUGGAUUACAUUUGAGAAACGGGACUUGGGUCAUCAAAAUGAAAACUCUCAUCUUUGCAGCCGCUGGACUACUGCUUCUGUCGCCCACUUUUUGUCAAAGUGGCAUGGAAAAUGAUACAGACAACCAGGCAGAGCCAACCUUUCCGAUUAAGACCUUUCGCGGAGCUCCCUUAAAUUCUUUUGAAGAGUUCCCCCUUUCUGCAAUAGAAGGCUGGACAGGAGCCACUGCAACUGUAAAAAUUAAGUGUCCUGGAGAAAGUGUUUCAAAUCUCCAUGUGAACAAUGCUACCAUGGGGUACCUGAGCAGCUCCUUAAGCACCAGACUGAUACCUGCUGUCUACAGCCUGGUGUUUGCGGUUGGUGUGCCAGCCAACGCUGUAACCCUGUGGAUGCUCAUCUUCAGGACCAGAUCCAUCUGUAUGACGAUUUUCCACACCAACCUGGCCAUUGCGGAUUUUCUUUUUUGCAUCACAUUGCCCUUUAAGAUCGCUUACCAUCUCAGUGGGAACAACUGGGUGUUUGGGGAGGCCAUGUGCCGGGUCACCACAGUCAGCUUCUACGGCAACAUGUACUGCUCCAUUCUGUUCCUUGCCUGCAUCAGCAUUAGCCGCUACCUGGCCAUCAUCCAUCCUUUCACUUACCGGAGGCUGCCCAAGCGCACCUAUGCCUCGCUAACGUGUGGAUUGGUAUGGGCGACAGUUUUCUUAUAUAUGCUGCCAUUUUCCAUCCUGAAGCAGGAGUAUUAUCUUGUCUGGGUGGAUAUCACCACCUGCCAUGACGUCCACAACACAUGCGAGUCCUCAUCUCCCUUCCAACUCUACUACUUCAUCUCCUUGGUGUUCUUUGGAUUCUUAAUUCCAUUCGUGGUCAUUAUCCACUGCUACACAGCCAUCAUUCGGAAGCUAAACACAUAUGAUCAUAGAUGGUUGUGGUAUGUUAAAGUGAGCCUCCUCAUCCUUGGGAUUUUUACCAUUUGUUUUGCUCCAAGCAAUAUUAUACUCAUUAUUCACCACGCUAACUACUACUAUAAUAACACCGAUGGCUUAUAUUUCAUCUAUCUCAUAGCUUUGUGCCUGGGUAGCCUGAAUAGUUGCUUAGAUCCAUUUCUUUAUUGUCUCAUGUCAAAGAUCACAGAUCACUCCACUGGCUAUCUUACAGUGGUGAAAUCAUCUUAGAGGACAAAGAAAGCCAGAUGUGAAAAAUAAUUCUUGAAAGAACAUGCACAUAGUACAAGGAGCUCUAUGCUACACUUCCAUUUUUGAGUGCCUCAGGAAUAAUGCUUCAAAAUCAAUCAUCACAAUAAAAGAACUAAGAUUUUUAAAAAAUUAUUUUAUCAAUAUUUUAAAAAUAUCAACACAGGGAGAAGAUAUCACCACUUUCUUUAUGGCAACUUACACAUUUUCAUUUGUCUUGCAGGUCCCAUACCAGCCCAAAUUUAAGUUUGUAUAACUACUUAAAUUUCCAAGCACAAUUCUUCUACAUUUCUUCUCUGUCCUCUGUAUCCCUACAAUGUCAGUGGUAUUGCUAUCCUAGAAAACUGGCAUCAUUUUUGAAAUUUCUUCUGCCUUCAAUUAACUCUUGCUGGCACCUGCCUCAUAAGCUCAUUCCAUCCUUGUAAGGUAUCUCAGUCUGACCAGCACACUCUAAUUCUCUAUCCCAGACACAUCUUUGCCUUCUACCAUUCUCGCCACUGCCAGCCUACCCUCCACUUCACAGAUCAUUGCUAGAUUCAACUUCUUCAAAUACUGAUUUGAAUACAUCACUCAAAAUGCCAGCUCACAACCUUUACUGGCUCUCCACUGUCUCUAGAUUGUUAUAAAUCUUUAGCCUCACAUUCAGGGCUAACUCUCCACUCUUACUUCCCGGUAAACCUUGCACGCAAAGUAGGUAUUAGCCAAAAUUCCUUCUUUGCUGGGAACUUGACUUCUCCUCUCUUUGCCCCUGCCUCUGACUGGGAACUUCAUUUUACCAUCUUUGCCCUAAUGUUACCCAACUCUUGAAGGCCUCAACAGAUCAGUUUUUCCUGAUUCUCAGGCUACCAGAGAAACAUUUAGCUAGAAGUGUCAUUGCUCUAAUCUAAACCACUGAAGUAUUUUGUGUGAUUUUAUUAUAUCACUUAUAUGCAAAUAAUUCCAUACACAUUUAUUAUGGAGAAGGCGCUUGUCUUCUCCCUUCUUUGAGGUUCUGUCGCAAUCCCAGGUCUGAGACUUCUCAGUGUGGGGCCCCACUCCAUGCUUUACACAUCAUGCUGCUGAAUGAAUGAAUGAAUGAAUGAAUUAAAAUCCCAAACCAUCUGAACAGCAUGAAAUUCAUACUAAAAAGGCAAGGUACUCUGUAGGGCACAGGGCAGCAUUAUUUCUGGUUUGCCAUGUUAAAAAAAAAAAAAAAAUCUAAGGAAACUAACCUAAUAAGGUCAUUUAGAAAUUUACAAUAACCCCUUCACUGGUUUUGUUCCUUUACAUAGUUCUUAAUGGGGAAAUGGUACUUUGUUACAAAUGUCGAGCAUAUUCCUGUAGGUCAAGACUAUGUUUCCUUUAGCUUAGGGAUUGGACAGAGGUGGGAUAUUGGUAGUAAAGGGUAGGGUUAGAGAAUAUGAAUGGGGUUAAGGAAACCUUUAAGCAUGAAGGAUUGCUGAGAUGCAUUUACAAGGCUUUAGGAAUGUGCACUGGCCAUAUAUUUUGUAAUAUUAAAAGAAUAAAAACUCUAUUUAAAUGCAUAUUUUUGAAUGCACACAGUUUUCUUAGUUCUUGCAUGUCUGUUUCACUGGACAUAAGUAAAAAUUUGCACAUGAAGACCAUUUACAAUAUGUGUAUACUUAUGUGAAGAACAAAAAUCAGGUAAAUACCAAAGCAAACAAGAAAAAUAAAUCUAAAAUAAGUUUCAAGAUGACAAAAACUUCACUGGAAGGAAUUGGCUUCUGCAAAUAAAUUAUCAACUGUAAUAUAAAUUUUUUAACUAUGCAUGUCUAUAUAAGCAAUAUAUAAUAUUUUAUCUAUCUGGAAAAUUUAUAUAAAUGGUAUAUUGUAUGUAUCCUUCAACAAUUUCCUUUCAUCCACUCCACAUAAUACUGGAUAUUUUCAUGCUAAUUCAAGUCGUACUAGACCAUGCAUUUAAAAUGCUUCAUAUGAAUAUCUCCAAUAAAUUUCAUUUAUUUUUUGGCAGUGGAGUUGUUUACCAGUUUUUCACUAUUUCAAACAAGGCUAUGAAGAACACUUUUAUACCUGUGGAUAAGUUUCUCUAGGGUGACAUGUAGGAGAAUUUCUGUGCCUUAGAGAAUGGUAAUUGUCUCUUUUAUGAGACACUGGCAAAUUGUUCACUCUUUUUCCCAUCAACUACCACUUCAACCUGGAGCACCCUUUGUAGGAAUCACAAUUUUAACCAGGAAAAGAUACAGCAAUAGUCACUUAUAAAAAUGCAAUUUUUAUGGAGUAAAUAUACAAGCAGCAAAACAGAACUUUUUCUGGGGAAAUUAUUCUUAUGUUCCCCAAGUAUUGCCUUCAAUGUAAAAAUAGUUCACAAGAGAAGCCUCAAGUGAAUGGACAUAGAAAGUGUGCUGCCAAGUAUGUGCCAACAGCCCCAUCAUCCAAGAGACAAAGUUAAUUGUGCACUCAAGGACGGUGACAUUUUAAAUACUGUUAAAGAGGACCAAGUAUCCACACCACCUUACACCACUGUCCUCAGUCUCUGAUAAAACUGAGCAUCCGUUCUAUGGAGAUGCCACCACUGUGAGCUUUCACAGCUGUAUACUUUGGCACAAGGUUUACUUUCUAUUGGCAGUACCAGCAAUAUAUCUUCUUCCGUUAUUUUCUAAGGCCAAACCUUGGAAGGCAAGGCACAGAACUACCACCAUAAAAACACAACCUGAAAUUUCCAGAUAUCAAAAUAGCAAAGGUUAAGAAACAAAAACAAAGACCCUGCCAAACAAAUGACAGAAUUCAAUUUAUUCCAGGGAAGAAGAACAGGUUGAGAAAAGAAAGCUUUCUAAGUAGUGUGCCAAGAAAGAAAAC